AUGCCAGAAAAGAUUCUCGACGACAUUUCGCACCGCCGAUACAAUCCACUGCGGGGUACUUGGCUGCUCGUCUCCCCGCAUCGUACGAAAAGACCAUGGCAAGGUCAGCAAGAGGAUGCGCUAAAGUCUACACUUCCUGAGUACGAUCCAUCUUGCUACCUAUGUCCCGGAAACAAACGCGCCCAGGGUGAUUCAAAUCCCAAAUACACCAAGACGUUUGUGUUUGUCAAUGAUUACAGCGCCGUUAAAGAAGAGCAGGCCGAAUACAAGCAGGAAGAGAGCCCCAAAGGUUACCUUUCUAGCCUUCUCCUGCGCGCAGAAUCAGUGACGGGAAAAUGCUAUGUCCUAACCUUCUCCCCCAACCAUAACCUCACGCUCGCCGACCUCACUCCCUCCGAAAUCCUGCCUGUCAUUCAAGCAUGGACCCAAAUCUACACUACCCAUCUAUCCCCGAAAUCUCCACUUGCAGCAGUUGCCCAGCCUACGAAGCUUGCUCCAACAGGUCUCACAAUCACUGCCCCAAACGCACAGUAUACAUGGAUGCAGAUAUUCGAGAACAAAGGUGCGGCAAUGGGCUGUUCGAACCCGCAUCCACAUGGCCAAGUAUGGACCACUACAGGCCUUCCCGAUGAACCAGCGCAAGAGCUCGAGCAAUUGAAGAAGUAUCGCAAAGAGCAUAGUGAUUGUCACAUGCUCGAAGAAUACGCAAAAUUGGAGCAGGAGAAGGAAGAGCGGGUUGUUUUCCAAAACUCUACUUUCUUGGUAGUAUGUCCAUGGUGGGCAACCUGGCCAUUCGAAGUCAUGGUUCUUAGCAAGAAGCACAAGCGGGCGCUGGUAGAUUUGGAUGACCAGGAAAAGCUGGAUUUCGCAGAGGCCAUUGCGGAGGUUACAAGAAGAUAUGACAAUUUGUUUGAGACGAGCUUCCCUUACAGUUCCGGAAUCCACCAGGCACCCCUUGAAGGCUCAGAAGAGGAAGUUGAGGCCUCCCAUUUCCAUAUGCAUUUCUACCCACCGCUGUUGAGGAGUGCAACGGUGCGCAAGUUUCUGGUGGGUUAUGAGUUGAUGGCUGAACCGCAGAGGGAUAUCACGCCCGAGCAAGCGGCGGCGAAGUUGAGAGCCUGUGGAGGAACUUUGUAUAGAAAGCUUUUGUGA